AUGUUUAUUCCAUUGUUGGAUUCAAUAAUUGAAGAUCUUAAAAGACGCUUUACAUUACCAAGUAUGGAAGCUUAUGAUUUAAGUUUAUUUAUACCAACAACUUUUUUGCAACAAAAAAUGUACUGUACCUCAGAAUAUCAAGAUAGAGUAUCUAAUGUAUCAAAGAGAUUUUCUUCGAUUGAACCAAAUAUACUUCAUGGCAAAACUAUUUUAGGUGAAUUAGAAAUCUGGUGCCAAAAAUGGAAAAUAAUUGCUGAAGAAGGAAUUGAAAAAUGUCCUGAUAAUGCAAUAGAAGCCUUUUCUUCUUGUAAUGCUAAAGUUUUUCCAAACAUCAAAUCGUUUUUACAAAUAUUAUCUACAAUGCCUGUUGGAGUAGCAUCGGCUGAAAGAAGCUUUUCCACUCUUCGCAGGAUGAAAACUUGGUUGCGGUCUAGGAUGGGUGAAACGCGGCUAACAGGUCUUUGUUUAUUACACGUGCAUAGGGAAGUAAAUGUAAACGAAUUAAUACAAUCUGUCAUAGAACGCUUUGCCAAUAAAAAACAGCGACGUUUAGACUUUGUUUUGUAA